GGUGCACAGGCUUGAAGGGUUUUAUUUGUGUUUCAGUUGUGAAAUGCUGACUGUGUAGUGACUUUUGUAUGGACAAUACAAAGGUUAGUUUAUUUUGGCAUGAUCAUAUAGGAUGAAAAUAAAUAAGUGAUUUAUGCACCAGCUUUGUACAUGAGAGGAGCUGUGACAGAGUGGACGCAAUUCUCCUGUUUCUUCAUUUUCUCCUGUUAUUACGCUUACAGAAUGAGAAGCCUGAUGUGUUUGCUGUUCCUGAUGCUUUUCUGCUCUGUGCAGAUGACUUCAAGCGCUUUCAUUAGUCUUGAUGAGGCACACUCAAAGUGUUGUGGAGAGCUCACUGAUGUGAAGAUUCCUAUGAAACAAGUAACUUCUUACUACUGGACCAGCAGACACUGUGCCAGACGCGCUAUUGUGUUUCAGACAAAAGCAGGGAAAGAGUUCUGUGUUGAUCCAGAGAGCACCUGGGUGAACGGCCAUGUUGAUAAAGUGGACAAAAGAACAACAACGACUUCAAACGCUACCAUUGCACUUGAUGAGGCACAUUCAACGUGCUGUGGAGAGCUCUCUAAGGUGAAGAUUCCUGUGAAACUGGUGGUGUCUUUCUACUGGACCAGCAGCAACUGUGCCAGACGCGCUAUUGUGUUUCAGACAAAAGCAGGCAAAGAGUUCUGUGUUGAUCCAGAGAGCACCUGGAUCAGGGGUUCUCAAACCUGUCCUGGAGGACUCUCAACGUGCUGUGGAGAGCUCUCUAAGGUGAAGAUUCCUGUGAAACUGGUGGUGUCUUUCUACUGGACCAGCAGCAACUGUUUCAGACAAAAGCAGGCAAAGAGUUCUGUGUUGAUCCAGAGAGCACCUGGAAUGAGAAGCCUGAUGUCUGUGCUGUUCCUGGUGAUCUUCUGCUCUGUGCAGAUGACUUCAAGCGCUACAAUUGCACUUGCAGCAGCACAAUCUAAGUGUUGUGGAGAGCUCACUGAUGUGAAGAUUCCUCUGAAACAAGUGACUUCUUACUACUGGACCAGCAGCAACUGUGCCAGACGCGCUAUUGUGUUUCAGACAAAAGCAGGGAAAGAGUUCUGUGUUGAUCCAGAGAGCACCUGGGUGAACGGCCAUGUUGAUAAAGUGGACAAAAGAACAACAGUCUAAAAGAAGCUACACUGUUUCUAUUUGAACUGUGCAUUUCAUUUUGUAUAUUCAAAC